GUGAACUCUUAUAGAAAUAGUGGAAUAGAUUAGGAUGCAAAGGUAACAAGCUUGGUAUAAGAUAACAGUGGAUCUGAGUGGUAUGUCUACCUCAGCUGUUGCCCUAAGGACAGUGAAUGCUUUAGCUUCCAUGCUAACAAGCAGUGAGGACAGUGAAUGCUUUCAGCUUCCAUGCUGAAAAGCAUUGUUACGAACUCGCCCAGUCGGUUCCGAACCGGCGGGGUUUGACAGGGAUCCUACUAAUCACUCCCAUCGUCAGUUCCGAACCGGCGGGGCUUGACGGAACCCUGACACAGGAGAGGAGAUGCAGUGGAGAGGAACAAUAACUGCACCCGCUCCAAGCGAAGAGAACUACAGCUCUCACGGAUCCGGGAGGAGAACGCGCUUACACAGAGCGGAGGGUUCAGGCACCACGGCCAACGUGCCUCCGGCACCGCGCAGACACGCCACGCUUAAUAAAACACUGAGUAAUCCCUCACACAGACACCUGGCCACAACCGGCAGACCAGGUCGCAGGGAAACACAGGAGAGGGAAGACCCCAAAUGCACGACCCAACACAGUCGAAUAAUUAACAUUAAAGGUUUAUUUCAAUACAACAAAAACUCACUGCAUGGCAGGAUCCAGUUCAACACAGAAAGACUCAGAGGCGAAUCAACGUUUCUUCUGCCUAAUAUAUACAGCUACAUGCCUCACCUUCAGCGGCACCCUGGCAGCCUGGUACCCAACAUUGCUGUGGGGCAGGGGCGUCGUGGAGUGUCCAUAGUGUUGGGCAUUCCCACAGUGAAGCGUGACAAGCAGAGCUACCUGGUCAACACACUCAGCUCUCUGCUCUACAGCCUGUCUCUGUCAGAAAGCCAGGACCUCAUCAUUGUCGUCUUUGUUGCUGAGACCGACACAGCCUAUGUUAACAGUGUUGCAGAGUCCAUCAGUAAGAAUUUUCCCAAGGAGGUGCAGUCUGGCUUACUGGAGGUCGUCUCUCCCUCACAGUAUUACUACCCCAACUUUAGCAGCCUCCAGGAGACCUUUGGAGACUCCAAGGACAGAAUCAAAUGGAGAACAAAGCAGAACCUGGACUUCAGCUUCCUCAUGCUUUACUCCCAGGAUAAAGGAAGUUACUAUGUUCAGUUAGAAGAUGAUAUUGUGGCCAGGGAAGGUUACUACGACAGUAUGAAGGCCUUCUCCAUCCAAGAAGAAUCCAAACCGUGGCUCUACCUGGAGUUCUCUCAGCUUGGGUUCAUAGGGAAGAUGUUUCGGACUCGUGACCUGCCAAUGAUUGCAGAGUUCUUCCUGAUGUUCCACAAGGACAAACCCAUCGACUGGUUGUUAGAUCACAUUCUGUGGGUGAAAGCUUGCAACCCAGAGAAAGACGCAAAACACUGUGAUCAACAGAAGGCAUUGCUCAAACAGAGGUAUAAGCCGUCCCUUUUCCAACACGUAGGGCUUCACUCCUCUUUGCCGGGGAAGUUACAGCAUCUGAAGGACAAAGACUUUUGGAAGCAGACUCUGUACCACGCCCAUAACAACCCAGCUGCAGAACUGAGCAGCAGCCUGAAACAUUACCAGGAGCACAGUCUGGAGCGGGCCUAUAAAGGGGAGGACUUCUUCUGGGCCUUAACACCUGUCCAGGGAGACUACGUCCUCCUCCGGUUCCCAGAGCCAAUCCACAUAUCCAGGUAUCUGUUCCGCAGUGGGAACAUUGAGACUAGUGGAGAUAAACUCUACAACACCACAGUAGAAGUGCUGCCUGGCAACGCGACAACACAACACAAUCUGGUCACUGACAGCGAGAUGGAAAGGGGCUUCAUUGCUAUCGGUGAGUUUGAGAGCGGUGUGGCUGAGGGUUCCGUCAAAGAAGAGCUGCAGCCGGUCGCUGCCUUUCGUCUAGUGGUCCACUCCGACUCGGACGUCUGGGCUGUCUUGAGCGAGAUACAUAUUGAAGUUGGAGCGCUCCCAUCCACCUGACCCCAUUCCUCCCCUACCUGAAGUUGGACGUUCACUAUAGGGAUCGCUCCUCACAGGGACUAAGUGCUUUGACUGACAAGGAGGCACUGAAGUCGCUCUAAUGAAUGUAAAUAUGAAAUUUGAAUUGUGUCGGAGCAGAGAGAAUUUUAUUAUAUUAAAGAUUUUAUUAUAAAAAAUAAAUAUUAUUUCUUA